AUGUUUGCCAAACUCUCUACAUCGCUUAUCGCGACCCUUAUCAUAUCAACAACACUUGCGGCACCUACACAAACACAUUGCCGAUGCGAGAUCGUCAAUGAUAUCCCAUCAUCACCGGCUCCUGCAUCAGCUGCAUACACACCCUCGGCUGCGCACUGGUCGCCCGCAAAUACCCUACCAAGUCCCGUGGCCGCAAUGAAUGUAUGCGCAAGCCUAGGAUCCAAAUUGGAGAAGUUGCAGCACACUGAACCCGAGAUCUACAACUCGUAUAUGCGGGGAGCUGUCAAGGAUGCUCAGAAGCCAUUACCAACGUCUGUGUUGAUGAGCAAUCCGGAAAUGGCGGAAGAUGAUGAAGCACAAUCUACAUCGUCGCGGCCACAAGGGAGGAUACUAUGUUAUCAAGAAGUUCGAUCAUCGCCGACCGAGUUCCACAGCUCGUUUGUGGGGCUAUGGGCGCUUCAGAUUAUCGUUGUGUCGGCGGUAUUGGCUUGUGUUGCUGAGGGUGUGCAUUUGGGCAAGCGAUGGAUGGAAAACAAGCACACUCCUGAGCCAACAUGCCAAAAACACAGCAGGUUGCGCUUAUCGGGUGCGGAGAAGCGUCUCCUAGCCAUUCCUACUGGUCCCCAGCAAGCAGACUUGGUAUGCAGUCCGGGCGCAGAAAAGAAGCUACGAGCAUACGAGACAACACGAUACUUUGUCACGCAGGCGUCGAGCGGAAGGAGGGAGUUCAUUGCAUAUGACGAUGAUAGUGAUGAUGAGGCAAAUAGGCCUGUGAUGUAG